UCACUGUAUAUCAACUGGUAUCAACAAGCUCAAUAUUUAACGUAGUGACAUUUUGAGAAAUUUCAUUUUCAAACAAGAAAUUCAUUCCAAAAUUAAUUUCAACAUACAUACAUAAGAUAAAAAUCAAUUCAAUAAAAUACAUAUAUUUGUAUACUUUUUUAAAUUGAUAAAUAAUUAUAUUUGUAAAUUUAUAAAAGGAAAAGAUGGCUCAUUAUAAAGGCGCUGCCAGUGAAGCUGGCAGAGCCAUGCAAUUGAUGAAGAAGCGAGAAAUUGCUCAACAAGAAAUUGAAUUACGCAAAAAAAAGAUUGAAGAAGAUUUAAGGAUUGCAAAUAUAGAGAACAAAUUCGCUAGCCAUUAUGAUGCAGUUGAACAACAGCUUAAAUCUUCCACAAUUGGGUUGGUUACAUUGGACGAAAUGAAAGCCAAGCAAGAGGACAUAGUAAGAGAACGUGAAAAGAAAUUGGCACAAAAAAAAGAAGAAAAAGACAGAGAGAAAUUAAGAGCACUUGAAGCAAAGCAAGCUGAAAAGAACAAACAGAAAAAGCAAAUUCAAGCUCUAUCCUUUAGCUUAGAUGAAGAUGACCAAUAUGAAAGUGAAGAAAAGAUUAGAGAAAUAACAAAAAAAAAAUGGACAGAAAUAAAAGAUGAGAAACCAUUAAAAAAAAUUCGUAAAAAUCCAGAUGUUGAUACAUCAUUUUUGCCAGACCGCGAAAGAGAAGAAAGAGAAAAUCGAGUUAGAGAAGAAUUACGACAAGAAUGGGUAGCUCAGCAAGCUGCUCUGAAAGAUCAAGAUAUAAACAUUACAUUUAGUUACUGGGAUGGGUCUGGUCACAGGCGAUCUGUUACCAUGAAAAAAGGAAAUUCAAUUUAUCAAUUCUUGCAAAAAUGUUUAGAAAUGUUAAGAAAAGAAUUUAGCGAAUUGAAAACAGUUAUGGCAGAUCAAUUAAUGUACGUUAAAGAAGAUUUGAUAUUACCACAACAUUAUACCUUUUAUGAUUUUAUCGUAACAAAAGCUAGGGGUAAAAGUGGACCGUUAUUUCAAUUUGAUGUGCAUGACGACGUUCGAAUGAUAAGCGACGCUACAGUAGAAAAGGAGGAAUCUCAUGCUGGAAAAGUUUUGCUUAGAUCUUGGUAUGAAAGAAAUAAACAUAUAUUCCCAGCUAGCCGUUGGGAACCUUAUGAUCCAACAAAAACAUAUGACAAAUAUACUAUUAAAGAUAAAAGCAAGAAGUAAAGCAUCAAAAAAUUAGCAAUUUUAUUUUUUUUUAGUUUGAUUUUAUAGUUUUAGCUUUUCUUAUUUGUUAAUUGCGGAAAAAUUUAAUAAAAGAUACUUUUAAAUAUACCUUGAAUUCUUAGA